UGGGAGCGAGUUUGGGGUGGAGUUUGGGAGCCGGGAGCGGAGCAUGGCUGGGCUGCCCGGUACGCCCGGCCCGCGCCUCCAGCGCGGGGCUGCGGCGGGCGAGCUGCGGCGCUGAGCCAAGCCCCCGAGCCCUUCGGGACCCCCGGGAGCCCCGAACCCGCCGGCAUGGCCCGCUGGAUCCCCACCAAGCGCGAGAAGUACGGGGUCGCCAUCUACAACUACGAGGCCGCGCAGGACGUGGAGCUGUCCCUGCAGGUGGGGGACACUGUUCACAUCCUGGAGAUGUACGAAGGCUGGUACCGAGGAUACACACUCCGAAAUAAAUCCAAGAAGGGCAUUUUCCCAGAAACCUACAUCCAUUUAAAAGAGGCCAUCGUGAAGGACCGGGGGCAGCACGAAACAGUGAUUCCCAGCGAGCUGCCGCUGGGCCAGGAGCUCACAUCCACGCUGCGGGAGUGGGCGGUGAUCUGGCACAAGCUGUACGUGAACAACAAAACCACGCAGUUCAGGCAUGUCCAGCAGCUCACCUACAGCCUGAUAGAGUGGAGAUCCCAAAUCCUCUCCGGGACUUUGCCCAAGGAUGAACUCGCUGAGCUCAAGAAAAAAGUCACUGCCAAGAUUGACUAUGGCAACAGGAUCCUGGGUCUGGACCUGGUAGUCCGAGAUGACAACGGGAACAUCCUGGACCCAGAUGAGACCAGCACAAUCUCCCUCUUCAAGGCCCAUGAAACUGCAUCCAAGAGGAUUGAUGAGAGGAUCCAGGAGGAAAAGUCCCUUCAGCAGAGUUUGGACCUCCGGGGGCAGCCAAUAUUCAACUCCACACACACUUACAGCCUCUAUGUGAACUUCAAGAACUUUGUCUGCAACAUUGGGGAAGAUGCAGAGCUGCUGAUGAGCCUCUAUGACCCUGACCUCUCCAAAUUCAUCAGUGAAAAUUACCUGGUCCGUUGGGGCAGCAAUGGGAUGCCAAAAGAAAUUGAGAAACUGAACAACCUCCAAGCAGUGUUUACUGACUUGAGCAGUUCUGACCUGAUCCGGCCCCGGAUCAGCCUGGUGUGCCAGAUCGUGCGUGUGGGGCGCAUGGAACUGAAGGAUGGCAAGAAGCACACCUGCGGGCUCCGCAGGCCUUUCGGCGUGGCAGUGAUGGACAUCACUGACAUCAUCCACGGGAAGGUGGACGAUGAGGAGAAGCAGCAUUUUAUCCCCUUCCAGCAGAUUGCCAUGGAGACCUACAUCAGGCAGCGCCAGCUCAUCAUGUCCCCCCUGAUCACCUCCCAUGGCAUUGGCGAGAACGAGCCCCUCACCUCUGUCUUCAACAAAGUCAUCGCCGCCAAGGAGGUCAACCACAAAGGCCAAGGUCUAUGGGUCUCUCUGAAGCUGCUCCCUGGGGAUCUGGCUCAGGUUCAGAAGGAUUUUUCCCACCUUGUAGACAGAUCCACUGCAGUGGCUCGAAAAAUGGGGUUCCCUGAGAUCAUCCUUCCUGGUGACGUCCGGAAUGACAUCUACGUCACCCUGAUCCAGGGCGAGUUUGACAAAGGCAAGAAGAAAACCCCCAAGAACGUUGAGGUCACCAUGUCCGUGCACGACGAGGAUGGCAACCUGCAGGAGAAAGCCAUCCACCCCGGGGCUGGCUACGAGGGAGUCUCGGAGUACAAGUCUGUGGUUUAUUACCAGGUCAAGCAGCCCUGCUGGUACGAGACUGUCAAGGUAGCCAUUGCCAUAGAAGAAGUCAGUCGCUGCCACCUGAGGUUCACGUUCCGUCACCGCUCAUCCCAGGAGUCCAGAGAUAGGUCUGAGAGAGCUUUUGGCAUGGGCUUUGUGAAGCUGAUGAAUGCAGAUGGAACAACGCUGCAGGAUGGCAAACACAAUUUGAUAAUUUACAAGGGUGACAACAAGAAAAUGGAAGAUGCCAGGAGUUAUUUGACCCUUCCUUGCACCAAAACAGAGAUGGAGGAGAAGGAGGCUCCCUCAGGAAAAAACCUGCACCCUCUGGCCAACUUCACUCCCACCAAGGACAGCACCAAGGACAGCUUCCAGAUCGCCACUGUCAUCUGCUCCACCAAACUCACCCAGAAUGUUGACCUGCUGGGUUUGCUGAACUGGCGCUCCAACUCCCACAACAUCGCCCACAACCUCAGGAAGCUCAUGGAGGUGGAAGGAGGAGAAAUUGUGAAGUUUUUGCCAGACACCCUCGAUGCACUUUUCAACAUCAUGAUGGAAAUGUCAGAAAAUGAAACCUAUGAUUUCCUGGUGUUUGAUGCCCUGGUAUUUAUUAUUUCUCUGAUUGGAGACAUCAAGUUCCAGCAUUUCAACACCGUGCUUGAGACUUACAUUUACAAACACUUCAGUGCAACCCUGGCCUAUGUGAAACUCACCAAAGUCCUGAACUGCUACGUGGGGAAUGCUGAGGACUCCAGCAAGACAGAGCUGCUCUUUGCAGCCCUGAAAGCCCUGAAAUACCUGUUCAGAUUCAUCGUGCAGUCGCGGGUAUUGUACCUGAGUGUUUAUGGGAAAAGUGAGGAUGGGAAUGAAUUCAAUGAUGCAAUUCGCCAGCUGUUCCUCUCCUUCAAUAUCCUCAUGGACCGGCCCCUGGAGGAGGCUGUCAAGAUCAAGGGGGCAGCUUUGAAGUAUUUACCGAGCAUCAUCAAUGAUGUCAAACUGGUAUUUGACCCCGUUGAGCUCAGCGUCCUCUUCAGCAAGUUCAUCCAGAGCAUCCCUGACAACCAGCUGGUCCGGCAGAAGCUGAACUGCCUGACCAAGAUCGUGGAGAGUGACCUGUUCAAGCAGGCUGAGUGCAGAGAUGCCCUCCUGCCCCUGCUCAUCGAUCAACUCAGUGGGCAGCUGGAUGACAACUCCAGCAAGCCUGACCACGAGGCCAGCUCCCAGCUCCUGAGCAGUGUCCUGGAGGUCCUCGACCGUAAAGAUGUGGGUGCCACUGCUCUGCACACCCAGCUGAUGAUGGAGCGGCUGCUGCGCCGGGUCAACCGCACGGUGAUCGGGAUGAGCCGCCAGUCCCCGCACAUCGGGAUUUUCGUGGCCUGCAUGACAGCCAUCCUGAGGCAGAUGGAUGAUUUCCAUUACAGCCAUUACAUCAACACUUUCAAAACCAGGCAGGACAUCAUCGACUUCCUGAUGGAAACGUUCAUUAUGUUCAAGGACCUGAUUGGGAAGAACGUGUACGCAGCUGACUGGAUGGUCAUGAACAUGAUGCAGAGCAGGGUUUUCCUGCGGGCAGUGAACCAAUUCACCACUGUCCUCAACCGCUUCUUCCUGGAUCAAGCUCAUUUUGAGCUCCAGCUCUGGAAUAACUAUUUCCACCUGGCAGUGGCCUUCCUCACUCACGAGUCCCUCCAGCUGGAGACCUUCUCUCAGGCCAAACGCAACAAAAUCAUCAAGAAGUAUGGGGACAUGAGGAAAGAAAUUGGCUUCAAAAUCAGGGAUAUGUGGUAUAACCUGGGUCCCCACAAAAUAAAAUUCAUCCCAGCAAUGGUGGGGCCAAUCCUGGAGGUGACCCUGGUCCCAGAGCCUGAGCUGAGGAAAGCAACUAUUCCCAUUUUUUUUGACAUGAUGCAGUGUGAGUUCAACUUCAGUGGGAACGGGAACUUCCACAAGUUUGAAAACGAGCUGAUCACCAAGCUGGACCAGGAGGUGGAGGGGGGCCGAGGGGAUGAGCAGUACAAGGUCCUGCUGGAGAAACUGCUCCUGGAGCACUGCAGGAAGCACAAGUACCUGUCAGCCCCGGGAGAGGUGUUUGCCCUGCUGGUCAGCAGCCUCCUGGAGAACCUGCUGGACUACAGGACCAUUAUGCAUGAUGAGAGCAAGGAGAACCGCAUGAGCUGCACUGUCAACGUGCUGAAUUUUUACAAGGAGAAGAAGCGAGAGGACAUUUACAUCAGGUAUCUGUACAAGCUCAGGGACCUGCACACAGACUGUGAGAACUUCACCGAGGCUGCCUACACCCUGCUCCUGCACGCUGAGCUGCUCCAGUGGUCAGAGAAGCCCUGUGUCCCCCACCUGCUGCAGAGGGACAGCUACUACGUGUACUCCCAGCAGGAGCUCAAGGAGAAACUCUACCAGGAGAUCAUCUCCUUCUUUGACAGGGGCAAGAUGUGGGAAAAAGCCAUUCAGCUGAGCAAGGAGCUGGCUGACAUGUAUGAAAACAAGGUCUUUGACUACGAGGGACUGGGUAAUCUCCUGAAAAAAAGAGCUACUUUUUAUGAGAAUAUCAUGAAGGCCAUGAGACCUCAGCCCGAGUACUUUGCUGUGGGAUACUAUGGACAGGGUUUUCCCUCUUUCCUGCGGAACAAGAUGUUCAUCUACCGUGGCAAGGAGUACGAGCGGAGGGAGGAUUUUAACCUGAAGCUGCUGACCCAGUUCCCCAGUGCUGAGAAGAUGACCAGCACAGCCCCUCCAGCAGAAGAGAUCAAGGCUUCCCCCAAACAGUAUGUGCAGUGCUUCAUUGUAAAGCCUGUGAUGAACCUGCCUCCUCAUUACAAAGAUAAACCUGUUCCUGAACAGAUCUUAAACUACUACAGAGCCAAUGAGGUGCAGCAAUUCACCCACUCCAGACCCAUCAGGAAAGGAGAGAAGGAUCCAGACAACGAGUUUGCUAACAUGUGGAUAGAAAGGACAACCUACACGACAGCUUAUUCCUUUCCAGGCAUCCUCAAGUGGUUUGAAGUCAAACAGGUCACGACGGAGGAGAUCAGCCCCCUCGAGAACGCCAUCGAAACCAUGGAGCUGACCAAUGAGAAGAUCACUAACAUUGUCCAGCAGCACACGUGGGACCGGAGCCUGCCCGUGCACCCCCUGUCCAUGCUGCUCAACGGCAUCGUGGACCCUGCUGUCAUGGGUGGAUACACCAACUAUGAAAAGGCGUUCUUCACAGAGAAAUAUCUCCAAGAACAUCCUGAAGAUCAAGACAAAAUCGAGCUGCUCAAGCAGCAGAUUGCUAUACAGAUGCCUCUCCUGGCAGAGGGGAUCCGGAUCCACGGGGAAAAGCUGACGGAGCAGCUGAGGCCCCUGCACGAGAGGCUCACAGCCUGCUUCAGGGAGCUCAGGAGGAAGGUGGAGACGCAGUAUGGGGUCAUAAGUCUGCCCCCAGCGCUGACCGAGAGGAAGCCGAGCAGGUCUGGCUCACUGGUGCUGCCCUACAUCAUGUCCUCCACCCUCAGGAGGCUCUCGGUCACCUCUGUGGCCUCAUCUGUGGCCUCCACGUCGUCCACCUCAUCCGACAGUGCUUCCUCCAGGCCGGGCUCGGACGGAUCUACCCUGGAGCCUCUCUUGGAGAGGAGAAUAUCCACAUCUUCCAGAGCUGAGGAGCUGCCCGUGAAAGACGACGGUGACAACAGGAUUAGCAAACUCAAGAGGAAGGAGUGGAGCAUUAGCAAGUCUCAGGUUAUUGUGGAGAAGGAGCCAGAAGCAGAACUGACUUCCAAAAUGGCCCAACUGCAGCUUGGCUGGAGGUACAGAUGGAGGCACUGGUGGCCCAGGGAGGGGCUGAACAGAGCCCUGGGGUGCUCUCAGCAAACCCCAGUUCUGUUGGAAGGAAAACCUCAGGCAGGCAGGGAUCCAGCUGCCCAGCCAGAUGUUGGGUGGCUGUCAGGCAGCACCACUGCACAGAUCAAAUGUCCUGGGAGGUGCAGGCCCCUUAGAUGGACCUGGGAGUUGGGAAGAGAUGGUCUGGUGGCUCAGAUCAUCUCAGCCUGGAUCUGCCAGGCUGUGCUCUGUUCCAGUCCCAGGCUCAUUUUUCACAAUAAGGAGGAAACACCAAUUCCUGUGUUGGCCUUUCCUCUCCCAAAUUCCAGCUGGAUCUGGCAGGGGCAGGUGAUGCUGAUCUGUUUUCAGGAGUUCUUAUCAGAGCUGUGUGCAGUCCCACCAGGCUUCCCCUCCUUGCAGGCUGAUGGGUUGGCCACGCCACCCCCCCCUCCACCCAAAAGCAAACCCUACGAGAGCAGCACCCCCAGGAACUCGGUGGAGGUUGCUCCACCGCUGCCCAGCAGACGUGAGGCCAAACCUCCCCCUCCACCCCCAAAAACCAGGAAAUCCAGCGUGGUGUCCUCGGAGCAGGGCCUGCAGUGAGGAUUUGGGGUCACAGCAACGCCCAGCAUGCAGCAGUUGCUUCAUUUCCAGCCAGCCUGCUGAUCUCCCCUGCCAUUCCACCUGGAGUUUUCCUGGGAAAUGCCACCAAGGACGUGUUGGCACUGGAUUCCCUCCCCUCUGUUUGCCUGUGCAGUGCUGACACACUAAUCCAGAUGUCUUCCUGCUGGAAUUCUCUCUCCUGGUCUUGUCUGUCCCGAGUUUCUGCAAUCCCAGCAGCUCCUUCCCAGUGUAACUGGGAAUCCUGGGGGAGAUCUCUGGUGGUUUCCUGGGAGUUUCCUGACUAGGUCAGGGUCUCUGCUCAGCUUGUGCUUGGCUUGAUCUCAUUUUGUGCUUUUUAACGUGGAAGAAAUCACUCCUGGGAAUGUUUGAGGUGACAGAAGUUGCACUUUUGCCAGGGCUGGACUGGUAUGAGACCCAUAAACAGCUUGUGGCCUGUUUAUUAUUUAUCAUCAAUCUUGAUGAAGAUUUUGUUUUGUCUUGCAGGAAAUAAUUUUGUUUGUUAAUUCUGUCAUUUUGUUUCUGUUUAUCUUGUAGGAGUUGGGAAGAGCCACUAAAACCCUGCUGAGGGUGUUGCUCACAGCAGGAAUGGCAAUUAUUGUUGGGCGGGGGGUUCCCAGGCCAUUAUUGUUCUCCCCUGACUGAAAUGGGUUUCCGACCUUACUGAAAAACCAAAGUUUGUUAAACCAAAUGAAAAGUUCCCUCAGCAAAGGAAAACCAAACCAAACAAAACCCAACCCGACAAAAACCACCCCCAGGAGGGUUUUGUUCAGACCGAAGUUGUCAUUUCCUUUCGUUCUUCCCAAUUCUUUUGACGUCAGUGUGACUGCAGGAGCUGCUGUGCUGCUGCCCAGCUCUGUGAGCAGAUUGUCCUCAUCCCAGAAUCAUCCCAGAUUCCCAAACCUCCGGCUUGGAGCUCCUCUGGAGGUGGCACUGCAGUCACAUCCCAUCCAUCCCCAGCCUCGCUGCUGCCUGCACUUCCAGCUGUCUCCGGCCUGCUGCUUCUCAGGGGAAAUCUUGGGAAUCUUCCUGGACACCCUGGCCAGGUUUUCCCCCUCUCUGGGGCUUUGCAGGACAUGUCAGCUCCUCGUUGUGUUCUUGGGCACAGACACUGCUUGACUUGAAAGCCACUGGGUUUUCUUGUCUUGGUGUUUUCUGCCCGCCCUCCCUGGCGCUAUCACCGCGGCCUCCCGAGCCCGGCCUCCUCUGACAUCCAACUUCUUGUCUGGGCUGAGAACUCUGGGCAGAACAACAGGAUGUGGUCUGAGCUGACUGAAGCACAUCUCAACAGCACCGAUUGUUAAUUCAGAAUGUUGUUAAUUCAGUGCUUUUCCCCACUCUGAAUCUGCUGCCGUUGCUCGGUGCUUUCAGGGCAGGUUGGGUUUAACUCCCUGCGUGAAUCAGGAGCACAGGAGGGGUCCCAGGUGUAGGCAAACACACUGAGCUGUCAGGUUCGGGUGUUUUGCUUCUAAGUCACUUUGGAAUCCUCUUUCCCAGCCUUUUUCUUUGGCUUUAACAACCUUAACACGUGGAGGUACCUUGUGCAUCCAGGUUUUUCCUGGAGAAGGGAACCACUCCAUGCACAAAACACUGACAGGAGGAGCUCUGACCCUGGGAAGAAUUUUUCAGCUGAUUUUUAACCAGCUUUUUACUCUUUUACUCGGCGGAUUUGGCUCUGGCUGCGUUUUUUGCAGACUCCAAACAGAAUCCUCGGCACCUCUCUGGUUAAUUCUCCUGCCAUGGGUGAGAAGAGUUGUCACCUUCAGCUCUGCUCUGCCUGGAAAUCGCUUCUCUCACCUUAAAGUUGUCCUUGGUUUGCUGCUCACAAGUUCAGGUUUCUCCUCUGACUUGGAAUCAGAGGCAGCAGCUGAGGCUAAAGAGUUCAAGUUUUCCCUUCCCAGGACAUUUUGGGCAUUUUCACUGACAAAUUUGCCAGAAAGGGCUCUAAAUUUGGUUACUUUUUUUUUUUUUCCCCCUUCUCACCUUUAUUUAUAUUUAUAUUCUAGAGUUUGUAAACUUGUCCACUCCUCCUCCCUUUGGCAGUGUCCCCAAACUGGUGUCCAGUUCUUGUACCUACCUGAUAAAAGCUGGCAUCACUGGCUCAGAGGUACAAGGUGGAAUUUCUGUUCUGUGCCCAAAGGAUUCAGGGCUUUGGGUCAAUUUUAAGGAAAAAAAAUCAUCCAGGAUGAUCAUGUCAGAUUUUUAAAGGAAUAAUUGGGCAUUUAACUGUGAGGAAGAGCCAGGCAUUCAACUGAUUUUAAAUAAGUGGAAUUAAGUGCCCACUCUUAGGAGAAAUCCCACCAGAACCCUGAUUUUUUAAAGUGGUUGCUCUUUGCUUGGGAACCUGUCUGACUUGAGUUCUGAGAUUUAAUUUUCAGAGACAAUUUAAGGUGUCUCUUCCUUGUUUUUUUUUAAAUGAGGAUCAUCUCUUCAGAUUAAUUAAGUGCUUUAGGAAAUGCCUCUAAUGUGCUUUAAACUGGAGGGUUAAAAAUGGGAAUAGGAGUCCAUAACGAUGAUCUCUGCACACCACAAAUUACAGCAAUUUCUACCUGAUUUAUGAUUUUGAAUAAACUCUCAAAGUUAAAACAUCCACUCUGCAGAAGAGACAAAACCUAAUCAUAUUUCAGAGCCAAGCUGUUCAAAGCUGCUGUGAAAUUUUAAGUCUUUGAGGAUUUCAGUUUUUCUCCUUUGGAGAAAUGUGCUCAACACUUGUUUUCUGGAGCUUUUAAUUAAAAUUUGUCAUGCUGUGAUAAAUUCCUUUAAAAAUGUGACAGGCUCUAAUCCACAUCAGGGGAAGAGGGGAGCAGCAGCUUUGCCUUUCAGUGGAUUAUUGGAUUAGGAAAGGACACAGAUUCCAGGGAGAGCAGCUCUGUGAUCUGCAGUGGCACACAACUCCAGCAUGGAUGUGCAGAGGUUUUUUGGGAACUGCAUCCCAGAAAAUUCCCCCCUCCCAGCCCAGUGUUGGCUCCAGGUUCACACUGAGUUGGACUUGCAGUGACAACUCCCCAGAUUUCCCUCUCCUUAUUUAUUUUUAUCAUUGUAAAUGGAAAUAAUAACUUUAAAUCUGUAAUUUAAUUAUUUUUUUAAUAUAGCAAAAACAUUCCUGACCUGCUUCUGUAACCUUCUUUUAAUUAUUUUUAUUUUUAAUUUAAAAACUUGACCUUAUUUUUACUGUUGCAGACCAAAUCCUCUGGUGGACCAGGGUGAGCUUUUCCAAAGACUACAGCAGGGAGGAAAAAUAACCAAAUAAUGUGAUUUUAUGGCUGUUCAAAAGCACGAGGUUCACCUGAUUCUUCUCUCUGAACAUUAAUUCAAGCACCUUUAGCACAGUUUGGGCACUCCAGGAGUUACUCAAAGGAGGUUCACACCUUAACCUGUUUUUCAGGUCCACGUGGUGCUGAUUUGAAUUUUUAGGCAGAGGUGGAAGCCCCUCACUUAAUCAAAUGUAUAUUUGAUCAAUUUUUCUCACUGUGGUAUUACACAGAUUUAAUCACUCGAAACCCUGAGCCAUGUUUGUGGUGAAUUCAGGAGGAUUUAGAUGUUGUGGGAGGCGUUUUUGUGUGUUCUGGGAUAUCCUAGGUUGGUGGUUUCAUUGCAAACUCACUUUUGCAGACUGCAAAUAUGGUGUUUGUGGUUUUUUUCCAGUCCUUUGCAACUUAAUUGGUAAAAAAUACAGUUUUAAGGUGGCUCUGGAGAGAGCAGGAGCUUUGGGAAGGGACUGCAGCUCUCUGGGUAAAUGCCACAUGAUUCACUAAAUCUGUAAAGCAAGGUGUACAAAUUUUCAUGGGGUUUUUAAAUGUAAUGACUGUUGUAAAGUUUGUAAAUACAUUUUUAAAAUAAAUGUAGUUUUCAUGACUGAAC